AUGUCGGCGUUCGACAACAAGAAGCCUCUUCUUGACGAUGAAGACCAACUGCCGGAAUCGUACAAGUCUGUCAACAUGCGAAGCAUCCAAGACGCUUACCGGUCGGUGCAGUCCCCUCGACACAGCUUGUACAGUACGAUCCAUGCUGGGAACGGCGUCGAGUCCAUGCUAGCCGGCGGGUUGGACCGAUUCUACGAAAAGUACCGCGCUUUGUCCAGCAAGGUCAACCUCCACUUGGCGACCCCCGAAGUCCGCUUCGAGAACUUGAACUACGUUGUUCAGGCGCGUCAAAUGACGUUGGCCGAGAAGCAGGGCACGGUCGGGUCGUACGUCGGUCGCAUGUUCACCCCGUUCAAGCAAGCCGUGUACAAGGAGCAGGUGGUGCUGCAGCCCAUGAGCGGUAUCAUCAAGCCUGGCAGCAUGACGCUCAUCCUGGCCAACCCUGGGUCGGGCAAGUCGACUUUCUUGAAGGCGUUGGCUGGUAAGCUGGACCAGAACAAAAAGUGCGCCCAAGGCGGCGACAUCACAUUCAGCGGCUUGAAGACGUCGGACAUCGACACCAAGAAGAUCGUGGGGCUGGUCGACCAGCGAGACAACCACGCGCCGACGUUGACGGUGCGCGAGACGUUCAAGUUCGCCGACAUGUGCUUGAACGGACCCCCAGAAAGCCAGCCAGAAGAGCUGCAGGAAGUGGCCAAGCUUCGCACGGAAAUGAUCAUCCAGUUGUUGGGGCUGUCCAACUGCGCCGAGACGGUCGUGGGCGAUGCGCUUCUCCGUGGGUGCAGUGGAGGCGAACGUAAGCGCGUGACAGUGGGUGAGAUGCUCGUGGGCGGCCAAAGCGUGUUCUUGUGCGACGAAAUCAGUACCGGGCUCGACAGUGCGGCGACGUUUGACAUCGUCACGUCUUUGCGCACGUGGUGCAAGACGUUGGGUGGCACAGUGGUGAUCGCCCUCUUGCAGCCCACCCCCGAAGUGGUCGAGCAAUUCGACGACAUCCUCAUGCUCAACGAAGGGUACAUGGUGUAUCACGGCCCCCGCACGUCCAUCCUGCCGUACUUUGAGAACCUCGGGUUCUACUGUCCGUUGCGCGUGGACCCGGCCGACUUUUUGAUCGAAGUCACGUCUGGCCGCGGCAAAAAGUACUUGGCCGCCGACGACCGCCACCGCAAGAUCCCGAUUUACGCGCACGAGUUCAACCAAGUGUUCAACGAGUCCGACAUGAACAAGGUGACGUUGACGGACCUCGCGGCGGGUUUCACCGUGCCUAGCCAUUUGCAAACCCCCCAGGACUUUGAAAAGAUGAAGAGUGUGACUGCGAUCGCCCGUACGAAGGAGACUUCCCCCUUCGCCAUGGGGUUCUUGGAAAGCACCGUGUUGCUCUUGGGUCGCCAGAAGACGCUGUGGUUGCGCGACCGCCCGCUCUUGUGGGGCAAGUUGACCGAAGCGCUGAUUGUGGGGUUGUGCAUGGGGGCCAUCUACUACAAGCCAGCCCCGAGCAUCUACCUGCGCAUGCUGUUUUUCUCGUGCGCGGUGUUCCAGCGGCAAGCGUGGCAGCAGAUCACGAUCGGGUUCGCCCUUCGCUCGGUCUUCUACAAGCAGCGAUCACGCAACUUUUUCCGCACCGUGUCGUACACAAUUGCGGAAUCGAUCGUGCAAGUGCCUGUCAACCUGUGCGUGUCGCUGCUCAUGUGCAC